AUGGCUCCAGACACAUUAUCCCUUACGAACAAAGUGGCCAUUGUCACUGGUUCUGGUCGCGAAACCGGUAUUGGUGCUGGUAUAGCCUUUGCACUUGCUCGGAAUGGAGCCUAUGUUACGAUCAACCAUGUGUCUGAUCUCAGCGCUCCUCGCGCUGCAAAAGUAGCGGAGACCAUUCGACUUCACGGUGGAAAGGCUACCGUUAUACAGGCAGACAUAUCGACGCAGUCCGGUGCUAAGAAACUAGUAGAGCAUACCCUGGCUGCAUUUUCUGUCGAUCAUAUCGAUAUUCUCGUGAAUAAUGCAGCAGCGGGUACUCCGCAGAGUUUCCUCCAGUCAGACCAAGAAUCUCUAGACGCUAUAUUUCAGUCGGUGGUGUAUGGUCCCAUUUUCACCAUUCAAGCUGCUCUUGCCCACAUGCCGCGUGGGGGAAGGAUUGUGAAUAUCGGCUCCAUCGCAUCAAAGUUGGGCAUGUCUGCUUCCGCAGUGUAUGGGGCCGCGAAGGCUGCACAAGAUGCACUCACUUAUUCAAUGGCUAUGGAGCUUGGUCGUGGCCAUGGGGUCACGAUCAAUACCGUUGCACCAGGCCCCGUGGAUACCGAUGCACUUCCCAAGGAUGUCGCGGCCAAGGUUCAUGGCUUCCUUGUUCCCAUGACCAGAGUCGAAGAGCGAGCGGGUACACAGGAGGAUAUCGCGGAUGCCGUACUCCUAUUGGUAUCGGAGAAAAGUCGCUGGAUUACGGGGCAGGUGAUUUCAGUGAGUGGUGGUAUCACUGGGAGCCGAUAG